AUGACGACAAGGCAAAAACCAACCAGCUUGGAGAAAAGCUCACAAUAUGAGAGCACCGACUUUCUCCCAGAAACAGAUGCUGUGACUCUGGUUCCUCCAACUGAUAAUGAGCCAACAACAAAUUUAAUAGAAACAAAUUCUCUUGAAAUUGUCUCAAUUGCCUCGACAGCUAGCUCCACUGAUUCGUUUGCUCCCUUCAAUCAGACUUUUUCUACUCCGACUCCAGAGACUAUGAAGGUUCCUCUCUCUUCGACAGCAUCUAUUGCUUCAUCAGUUGUGGAGCAGAGCACAACGCAAAUCUCGCAAAUCUCAGAUUCGACAAGUGCCAGCACGCAAAAUCAAGAAAACAACACGACGAUUGAGUUUGUAGUUAAAGCAGACCCACCUGACGUAGCUGUGGUUGAUAAUAUUUCCCCAGUUCCAUUGAUUGGUCCGUUUGCUGCUGCCUAUGAACACGAUUGCCAGAAAAAUCUUUCACUAUUUGGUCCAGACGGGCAAUUAUUAGAAGCCGAAGAUUACGGAGCUUGGGAAACAACUUGCGGGAGCCUCUAUCUAUUUGGAAGUAAAGUUUUGAGCUGGGAAGAAAACUUCAACUUUUGCUGCAGUUUGGGCAUGCUUCCGUUGACGGUGGAAGAUGAUUUUAAACGUUCCUGUCUGCAAGAUUUCAUUGGCGGUGUGAAAUGGCCUCACAGCUCCAUGUAUUGGAGCACAGGCAAACGUUUGUCCGGAAACAUUUUUACGUGGUACGACAAGCGCGUCACUUUCAACCCAACUCUGUGGAAAGCCAAACAACCUGACAACGUCAAUGGAACUGAAAACUGCGUCAUGCUGAGCAUUUUCAAGUUUGAAUUAAAUUCCGUGAAAUUAGAAGAUAUGCACUGCGACAAACUGGCAGUUGCGGCUUGUGUGGGACCAACUACGCCGGCACCAAAAUGCUCUUUUCCAUUGUGUGCAAACAGAGACUGCAAGAAAAAUGAGACUUUUUUCACAAAUCUGGUUGAAAAUCCCGCUCAAUAUCUAGCUGAGCCAAAAAAUCACGGAAUUUGGAUAGAAGUCAACCAUAGGACGUUUAUGUUUAGCUUUGAAAGUGACAUGCGGACGUUUGAAGAAGCUAAUCAGGCUUGUUGUGCAAUCGACUUGAAGCUGCUUAGUCUCCACCAAGGCUACAAAUUCAGAUUUGUUGCAGCUGCUCUUAAAAAUCUCACAAUAAAAUCUGGCAAAUUUUGGACGUCAGGCGGUGAUUUUGGUUGCGAAGGCGUUUUUGGAUUUUGUUCCACGAACAGGACAUUGAUGAUGAAUGAGACAAUCUGGCUGCCUAACCAACCGGACGACUUGAAGGGAAACGAACACUGCUUAGCAAUAAACGCGUUGAGCAAUUACGCGGCUGCUCUGAGCAAUGAUAACUGUGACCUCAAACUGAGAUAUAUUUGCGAAGGAAGGGCAUCAACUCGCGUAAAAGCUCUGGAGCUGGAAUGUGCUGCAGCUUCCAAUCUCGCCGACGAUGAAAUUCUUAAGGCGUUUGCCAGCCCGAAUGGAAGCGACAAAUUUAGGUGUUUCAUGACUUGUUACGGAGAGAAUGCAAACCUUUACGCGAAUGGAAAAAUGGUUGACUCCCGAAUUUUGCCUUUUGUGCCUUACAUUUCGGCUGGAAGUGAUUCCUCCAUGAAGGAGUACUAUGGCACCUUAGACCAAUGCAAACAAGACAGUCGAAAAUUGUACGGCUGCAAUCGAGUGCCCAAUUUUGUCUCUUGCAGUCAAGAAAAGUCGCCAAUCCUCACUGAAAAGAUGAUCAAUGUAGUAGAAACAACUAUUUCAGAAAAAAAGGCAUUGCUACCACCCGUUUCAGAGUCACCUUGUCCCAACGCGCAUGACAAAAUUAUGAACGAGAACUACAGGAAUUACUUUGAUUUAUAUACAGAACAGAGGGCAUAUAUUGACCCUCAAAGAAUCUUAAUCAAAACCUCGUGCGGGAAAAAAUUUCUCCUUCUCACAAUUAUAAAUGCACCGGCGCUGACGACCCUUGGGCAGGCAAUGACCGAGUGUGCGAAGUGGGGACUUCGUCUCGCCACCAUUGACACAAAAACUAAACUUGACUGCAUGAUCAACGCAAGCAUUCAGUUUGAUGGUGGAAUGCUAGCAACCUACCCGGAAAAGUACUACGCGAUUGCCGCCAUCUUGAACAGACCCCUAAAGGCGAAGAACUGCUUUUCUGAUGUCCCAUUUGGCUUAGCCAGCUGGAUCGUAAACAACAUUUCAACCGCGACAGGGCCAUUUGUCAUUGUCAAUUUCUCCAAAAAAUACGCCACCACUGUAGGUGGUUCGUUUAAAGACAUUAUCUGUGAGACGAUUUAACGCGAAAGAAGCACUUCGAUUUCAAUGUUAAUAAAAAUAACACUCGCACAAUCAGCUUAACUUAAAU